AUGGAGUCCUUUCUUCCUCUUGGCGGUUUUCAACUGCCCUUCCAGCGUCGACUCAGUAGGCUGUACAAUGAUACCAAGAAAUCUUCAGAUUUCGUCAAGGAUUCAGCCCACAGUCAAGAUGACCCCGAUAUUAAAGCGCUACACCGCAAAUUACGGAUACAAAAAGAUCGCUUGGUCAGCUGGGGUUUGGAAUGGUCUGACCCAAAUCAAGCUGCCGAAAUUGACGAAUCCCUAUCCAAGGCAGGCCUGAGCGAUCUGGUAGGAAGUAUCAUGGCUACUAUCAAAGAUAUCCUCGCCGAGGCCGAGCCUUUAUGGCUUGCUUCGAGACAAACUGUUAGGAGUGGGAAGUCAUCGGAAAAGGCCUCCGGUGACCAAAAGAUUUCUUUAGUCGUUUGGGAUAAGGGAAGGUUUGAAGACCUACUAAAGGACUUGACUACAUCUAUCGACACACUCUGCGAACUGUCUCGAACGCGGUCUGCGUCAGUAACCUCGAGAUCCGGCCUGGCCAAGUCAUCCAAGGCUACUGCAUCAACCGAAGACCUGCGAGUCUAUAGUUCCACCAGAAUUCGAGCGCCUGAGCAGAUCAACCUUCAAACCCUCACAAGCUUGAGGUCUUUGCAAACUUCGGCCACAUCGGAGACCAGGGCAGCUUCGGACCGACCCCAAGAGAUUUUCUUCAUGGGCAGAAAUGCCUCUAGCGACCUAACUCAACAUCAAGGACCGCAGUCAACGACUCCUCUACUCGUAGAAUAUGCGCCGUUUGACCCAAUCUAUUCUGCAACUGGUAUUAUGCCAGAUAUGACCCAGUUCGAGAAGCUGAGUGCUGGUAUCCAAACAGAUUCGCAAAGGUCUCCUGGCUCGUGGAUUGGGUUACCCCUUUUACUUGGGUAUCAUGAAGAUAUGGAGAAUUCGAGGCUGGCUUUGAUCUAUCAGUUUCCAGCCGGUUUCAAUCCAGUAACCUUUGAGGGCUUGACCCAGAAUCCUCUCGACAACUUGAGCACGUUGAAUGAGCUUCUUAAUCGGCCGGACUUCGAACCCACUUUAGAAGUCAAGUUCCGCCUUGCUCAUAAUUUGGUCAAUACGGUAUUCGACAUGCACGCCCGAGGUAUCACUCACGGCAAUCUAAACACGUCUGCAAUAUCCUUUUGCAACUCUACCGGGAACCAAAUAGAUCUUCACACGGGCGAAAUAGACGUUCGAAGGCCACUUGUAUCAUCCUUUGACCUCUUCCCCCAAGAGCCUACCCCUGGCGAGUCAUCGCAGACCUUUUUGCUUCACCGUCACCCACUUGACCCCCGAACGACCAGUCAGUCACCUUUCGCUUCAAACAAUGACAAGAGGACUCUUGACUUGUAUUCGUUAGCGAUGAUGUUGGUUUCUAUUGGCCUGUGGACUCAGCUCGAGAAUCUUGUUCCGAACUUGGCGUCCCCCAGCAUUUCAGAAUCUGUUCUACAACAGUUGGCAAUACGUUGCGGUACGCCGUACAUGAAGUCAGUUCAGGCAUGUUGGAAUGCGGUUGAUCACGAGCUUGCGAACCCCGGCUCGACGGACGAGAUCUUGAGCCGAGUACAGAUCAGGGUUAGCCGCUACCUCGAAGCUUGCUGCAUCUUAGACGGAAUAGGCAGUUUAGAUGACAGAUUGGGCGACGACCACGAUAUCUUCUCGCCAAUACAGGAAGUAACUCGAGAUAUUCCGUCUGCAUCCCUAGUAGGCCCAUCUGUAAGGCGCGAGGCUCGUGCAUCUGGUUCGAAAGCUUCUUCAGCCUCCGAACCACAGGGCGCAGAUACUAAACAAUCCGCACAAUCCGAGAAACCACAGGCAGCCCCAUCACAACGCCCGAACGAAUCACGGAAGAAGCUACGUCUAUAUCCUCAAGUGCCACUUUCCACUGAGAGCGUGGACCAAUGGCACGAGACUCUCAUGCCUCAAAUUAACCUAGCUUUGCGUCACUUCUACAGAAAGCACCCCGAAUCUGUCGAGAUAUCUCUGGAAUCGGUUGGCGAAUCGCCUCAGAAGACUAAGCCGACUGUUUUGGUGAUAUGCACCUCAGUAAGCAUGGUACGAGCUAUACUGAGGAAGAGACUCGGCGCAUUCUUCGAUGGCGCAACCGGAUUUGGCUUGCAAGUAUGUCGCGGUUCUAUGGUGCGGUCCCGCAAAGGACCGACGAAGGGCGUAGACAAGAGUCAAGAGCCUACUGCUCCUAGUGAGUGCAGUAAUGAUAGUGAAGACGAAACGGACGACUGCAAAGCCGCGAAUCCCGAUUUCCAGGAGAAACCGCAUAAUGGCGCAAGUCUUGGCGCGUGGAUAGGCAUCAAGCACCUCCCACCUGUCAGCCUCGGGGGUCUCAUUAUUGUGGAUGAUAAGCCUUACGGAAUGACAGUCCAUCACAUGUUAGAUGAUCCAGAGCCAGCUGUACAAUCGGCGCCUACGGACCAAGGAGACGAGACCAGGAGAGCUAGUGCACCUACUCGAAGUAGUGCGGCGGCCGGACACAUGGCGCUUCUGAACGAAACAGAGUCGUCAAACGAGGACAGUGAUGAAUACGCUGGGGAAUUCUCCGACUCGGACGGAGAACAAUCGCUUACGGAUAUCACUAGCGAUGACGAUGAGGACGAUGAAUCUGAUGAAGAAUUCACAGAGCCAGGAGAUAUACCAGGUGUAGAACCCGGCUGUGGAGACGGAUACAUAAUCACCCAACCUGCCCUUGACGAUGUGCCCGAAGGAUUCUACCCUUCGGAAGAAACAAUGGAUGAGGAUCAUACCGAUACAUACAGGCUUGGUGAAAUUUACGCUUCGUCUGGAAUACGACGGCGCACCGAGAACGGUCUCGUCCACGAGAUUGACUGGGCCUUGAUUGAAUUCCAGGAUGAGAGACUUCCUCCAGAUAAUAUGAUUCCUCGUGCUGCGUCUGGCGGUACCCGUUCUACAUCCUCGGUAGGAAUCAUCCAGCCCACGGAAGUUGUUCCAGCAAAGUCCCUCCCAGGACUAGAGGUGCAGUGCAUGGCACGGACGAGCGGGCUACAAAUGGGCCAAAUUAUGCCGGCCAUGACCUCUGUCAAGAUUUACGGCCGAGCAUCGCCUAGUCAUACAUACCAGAUCAGUGGCAGAUGCGCAAAUCUUCGUGCACAUGCACCCAUCCCCGCCACAGAAGACCCGCCCAAGAUGUACCCCCGAUCUAAACUUCCUUUGGGCGUUCCAGGCGACUCGGGCGCGUGGGUUGUAGAUAGACGUUACGGUCGUCUCUGUGGGCACGUUCUGGCUUGGAGCGAACGCAAACAGGUCGCCUACAUAUGUCCAAUGGAAGUCCUCUUCCUCGACAUCGCAGAAACAUUAGAGGCAAGGGACAUCCGACUUCCAGGCGGUAAAGCCAUCGUCACCUACGCAGGACCCGACGGCGACGACGAAGACGAGGUCGUCGAGAUUUCCGACUCGGAGGUUUGGAGCGAAUCCGGAAGCAUCGUGGAUAAAGACGAGAUCCGCGAAAUGCAGCAGGAGGCGCGAGGUGGAGGGAAAAGCGGUAGCUUGAGGAGAACAGGAUCCAAGGAUGAUCCGUCCAAGAGGUUUUCUUUCCACAAUCGCGAGCAGCAGAAGAAGCAACGCGGCAAGGAACCUGAUAAUGGCGAAGGAGGGUCGCUGGCUACGGGUGUGGAGAAGAUGCAGUUAUGA